UGUAAAAGAAAAAUACAAAGACAAGCAAAAUUAUUGGAAAAUUUUAAACUUAAAUAACCUACAAAUAACCUACAAAACGAUGUCUGCAGAAGAAAAUUUUGAACAGUUUGAGGAUGAAGAGGCAGAAAUUCCAAUUGGUGGGACUUUGCCUGGAGGAAGAAAACGGCUCUUCUCCAAGGAACUGCGCUGCAUGAUGUAUGGUUUCGGCGACGACCAGAAUCCUUAUACAGAAAGCGUUGACUUGUUGGAGGAUUUGGUUAUCGAAUUCAUAACAGAGAUGACACAUCGAGCCAUGGAGAUUGGACGCACAGGACGAGUUCAAGUAGAAGAUAUUGUAUUUUUAGUAAGAAAGGAUUCCAGGAAAUAUGCCAGGGUGAAAGAUCUUUUAACAAUGAACGAGGAACUUAAGAAAGCAAGAAAGGCUUUUGACGAGGUUAAAUAUGCAGAAUAACAUCAUUGAGUCCCACACCUUGAUAAGAAGAACCGCACAAUGCCAGAGGAAUAUGGUGCGC